AUGGCAACUACAGGAACUAUCGCAGGAGUUUUGAGUUUUAGUGACGAAAAUAAAGAUAGAAAUGUUCAAGGCUUUCAAGGCUUAACAUUUCUUAUUAAAGUUGAAAAAUUUCAGGAUGAAGAUACCCAAGCUCGUUUAUUUUUCCUUGACGGUGAUCCUCCAGAAGAAUGUGACGUUCCUUUUGAUAUUAAAUGUAAAGAAAUUAAUGAAAAUAAUAAUGUUAAAAACAAAAGUCCAUUUUUUAGAACUAAUUUUUUUAUGAUUAAUCAUCCGAAAAAAUAUGAAAUUUAUCAUAAAGAUAAAAAGAUUUUUGCUAUGAUUCCGGAAAAAAAUAGAUACACUAUUCAUAAUUUUGAUAAACCAGAUAAUGUUAAACAGUAUGAAGUUGAAAAGCGUGUAGGCAAAGCUAUUAAUACUGUCAUAAAAUAUGAAAGUAUAGUAUAG